AUGGCCCUAGGUGCGCGCACACCGGCUCGGUUGCCUCAGGCCUUUCUCUGCAGCCGCCGGCCCGCGCUCCCAAGCCGCAGGGUUGCGGGGGUGGCAUCUACCUCGGCAAUCAGCCCAGCACGAGCUUGGCGAAAAAGGCCCCGCAGGACCGCGAAGCAAGCAGAGGGGGGCGCGGGCCCGGCUGGCGCUCGGUCCCCGGAACCGCGGGGCGCAGGCACCCUGCUUGGGGCGGGCGCCGCUGCUAGGUUGCCCUGGGUAACUCGUCUCCGAGGGGACACAGCCCUCCCCUCUCCAAGUGGCAACUUAUCGAUCGACGAGAUUGAUAACCCCCAGCGCCGCGCCGCUCACCCGCUCUGCUCUUCCUGCUGCGGGGCGCGCCGGCCUAAGUGCUGUCAGAGCCUGAGCCCGGGCCCUGUUUGCCGGUGCGGUGCCCGCGCCCGCGCCCGCGCCGUGCCUGCCGCCACAGCCGCGGUCCGGGUUUUGCGGGCGGCCAGAGCUGUAUUUCCAGCGCUGUCCAUCGCUCGGUGCUGUUGGCCCUCUCUCCGUCUGAUCCGAGCCGGAGCAGUGCGGGGCGCCCCACGGGAUCAGAGCGCUCCCCCGCCGGGACUCCGCUCCUCACAUCCUCCUGCUGGGACCCGGCUACAUUUCCAGCCAAGCCUGGCUUUAUUAUGUGUCUCUGCAGUGCAGCCCCAGCAGCCGGAUCGGGAGGAGGAGAGCCAGCGACCACAAAGAAGACAGGAGCGCGAGGGAGGCUGGCGGGCGGGCCGGCGCCGGCUGGAGCGCGGAGGAGCCGGGGCGCAGCCGCCGCCGCCGCUGCCCGGGAGGACGGGAGCCUGGCCGCCGCCGCCGCCUGCUCUUCCUCCUCCUCCUCCUCCGCCACCGCGGCCGCCGCCUCCCCCCUCUCCCAGCCCCUGGUCCAUGGAGGCAGCUAGCGGGGCCCGCGACUUGGCACCGGCCUGGGGAUCGGCUGCGCGUCGCGCUCUGAGCACCGCAGCCCGAGGGCAGGCAGCGGCGGCCCGGCGCACCGGCUGA